CUCUUCCAGGUGAACUAUGACCACUUUACUCUUGGUGUUUGUGACUCUGAGGGUCAUCACAGCGGCCAUCUCAGUAGAAGUUUCAGAACCUGACAACUCACUGAGUGUCAGCAUCCCGGAACCAUCCCCGCUGCGGGUCCUCCUGGGGAGCACCCUCACCAUCCCCUGCUAUUUCAUUGACCCCAUGCACCCAGUGACCACCGCCCCCUCCACCGCCCCUCUCACCCCGAGAAUCAAGUGGAGCCGCAUUUCCAAGGAGAAGGAAGUGGUGCUGCUGGUCGCCACUGAAGGGCAGGUGAAGGUCAGCAGUGCCUACCAAGACAAGGUUUCGCUGCCCAACUACCCGGCCAUCCCCAGCGACGCCACCUUGGAAGUCCAAAGCCUGCAUUCUAAUGACUCUGGGGUCUAUCGCUGCGAGGUGAUGCACGGCAUCGAGGAUAGCCAGGCCACCCUGGAGGUCGUGGUGAAAGGCAUUGUGUUCCAUUACAGAGCCAUCUCGACGCGCUACACCCUGGACUUCGACAGGGCGCAGCGGGCCUGUCUGCAGAACAGUGCCAUCAUCGCCACGCCCGAGCAGCUGCAGGCCGCCUACGAGGAUGGCUUCCACCAGUGUGACGCCGGCUGGCUGGCCGACCAGACUGUCAGGUACCCCAUCCACAUGCCAAGGGAAGGCUGCUACGGGGACAAGGAUGAGUUUCCUGGCGUGAGAACCUACGGCAUACGGGACACCAACGAGACCUAUGACGUGUACUGCUUUGCGGAGGAGAUGGAGGGUGAAGUCUUUUAUGCAACAUCUCCAGAAAAGUUCACCUUCCAAGAAGCAGCCACCGAGUGCCGGCGGCUGGGUGCCCGGCUGGCCACCACAGGCCAGCUUUACCUGGCCUGGCAGGCGGGCAUGGACAUGUGCAGUGCCGGCUGGCUGGCCGACCGCAGCGUGCGCUACCCCAUCUCCAAGGCCCGGCCCAACUGCGGGGGCAACCUGCUGGGCGUGAGGACUGUCUACCUCCAUGCCAACCAAACAGGCUACCCCGACCCCUCAUCCCGCUACGACGCCAUCUGCUACACAGGUGAAGAUUUUGUGGACAUCCCAGAAAACUUCUUCGGGGUGGGUGGUGAGGAAGACAUCACCAUCCAGACAGUGACCUGGCCUGACGUGGAGCUGCCUCUGCCCCGAAACAUCACCGAGGGUGAAGCCCGAGGCAAUGUGAUCCUCACGGCGAAACCCAUCUUUGACGUCUCCCCCACUGUCCUGGAGCCCGAAGAACCCUUCACGUUGGGCCCUGACAUAGAGGCCAGCGCCUUCCCUGAGGCCACCAGGCCUUGGGGCGUGCCUGAGGUGUCCACACCUGCCCUGGGCUUCACUGCCUUCACCAGCGAGGACCUGGUUGUGCAGGUGACUGCAGUCCCGGGGGCCCCUGGGCAGCCACAACUGCCAGGGGUGGUGUUCCACUACCGUCCCGGCUCUGCCCGGUACUCGCUGACCUUCGAGGAGGCGCAGCAGGCCUGCCUGCGCACCGGGGCAGUCAUCGCCUCUCCUGCACAGCUCCAGGCCGCCUAUGAAGCAGGCUAUGAACAGUGUGACGCUGGCUGGCUGCAGGACCAGACCGUCAGAUACCCCAUUGUGAGCCCACGGACCCCAUGUGUGGGCAACAAGGACAGCAGCCCCGGGGUCAGGAGCUACGGCGUGCGGCCACCGUCAGAAACCUAUGAUGUCUACUGCUAUGUGGACAAGCUCGAGGGGGAGGUGUUCUUUGCCACACGACCGGAGCAGUUCACCUUCCAGGAAGCCCAGGAGUUCUGUGAAUCCCACAACGCCACACUGGCCUCCACGGGCCAGCUCUAUGCCGCCUGGAGCCGAGGCUUGGACAAGUGCUACGCCGGCUGGCUGUCGGAUGGCAGCCUCCGCUACCCUAUUGUCACCCCAAGGCCCUCCUGUGGUGGGGACAAGCCAGGCGUGAGAACCGUCUAUCUCUACCCCAACCAGACGGGCCUCCUGGACCCACUGUCCCGGCACCAUGCCUUCUGCUUCCGAGGUGUCUCAGUGGUGCGCCUCCCAGGAGAAGAGGAGGCUGCCACACCCACACCGCCUGCUGAUGUGGAGGAGUGGAUCGCUACCCAAGUGGGGCCUGGCGUGGCUGCUGUGCCCUUGUGGGAGGAGACCACUGCAAUCCCGGGCCUCACCGCUGAGCCAGAAAACCAGACGGAAUGGGAACCAGCCCUCACCCCGGCCGGCGCCUCCCCCCUGCCAGGAACCCCCCCUGCAUGGCCUCCCACUAGUGCAGCAACAGAGGAGAGCACAGAGGGGCCCUUGGCGACGCAAGGCCCCUCGGCCUCAGAGGAGCCAUCCACGCCUUCACCCCCAGCGCCCAGCGGGACUGAGCUGCCAGGCUCUGGGGAGCCAUCCGGCGUCCCCGAAGUCAGCGGUGGCUUCACAGGCAGUGGAGAACCUUCAGGACGCCUGGACUCCAGUGGGCAGCCCUCAGAGGGUGAAGAUACAAUUACGUGGACCAGCACUCCCCAGGUUGGAGGUGAGGGCCCAGAGGGCUCUGUUUCUGGAGUUGAGGACUUCAGUGGGUUGCCUUCUGGGGAAGAGGUUCACCCUGAGACCUCUGCCUCUGGAGUUGAGGACCUCGGUGGACUCCCUUCUGGAGAAGAGGUUCACCUAGAGACCUCUGCCUCUGGAGUUGAGGACCUCAGUGGACUUCCUUCUGGGGAAGAGGUUCACCCUGAGACCUCUGCCUCUGGAGUUGAGGACCUCAGUGGACUUCCUUCUGGGGAAGAGGUUCACCUGGAGACCUCUGCCUCUGGAGUUGGGGAUCUCAGUGGGCUGCCUUCUGGAGAAGAGUUUCACCCUGAGACCUCUGCCUCUGGAGUUGAGGACCUCAGUGGACUUCCUUCUGGGGAAGAGAUUCACCUGGAGACCUCUGCCUCUGGAGUUGAGGACCUCAGUGGACUUCCUUCUGGGGAAGAGGUUCACCCAGAGACCUCUGCCUCUGGAGUUGAGGACCUCAGUGGACUUCCUUCUGGGGAAGAGGUUCACCUGGAGACCUCUGCCUCUGGAGUUGAGGACCUCAGUGGACUUCCUUCUGGGGAAGAGGUUCACCCUGAGUUCUCUGCCUCCGGAGUUGAGGACCUCAGCGGACUUCCUUCUGGGGAAGAGGUUCACCUGGAGACCUCUGCCUCUGGAGUUGAGGACCUCAGUGGACUUCCUUCUGGGGAAGAGGUUCACCUGGAGACCUCUGCCUCUGGAGUAGAGGACCUCAGUGGACUUCCUUCUGGGGAAGAGGUUCACCCGGAGACCUCUGCCUCUGGAGUUGAGGACCUCAGUGGACUUCUUUCUGGGGAAGAGGUUCACCUGGAGACCUCUGCCUCUGGAGUUGAGGACCUCAGUGGACUUCCUUCUGGAGUAGAGGGUUAUCCAGAGACUUCUGCCUCUGGAUUAGAAGACAUCAGUGGACUUCCUUCUGGGGAAGAGCUUCAUCCGGAGACUUCUGCUUCUGGAGUAGGGGGCAUCAGUGAACUUCCUUCUGGAGAAGAAGGUCUAGAGACCUCCACUUUUGGAGCUGAGGAUCUCAGUGGGCUCACUUCUGGAGCCUUGGACCUUGGCAGAGUGCCUUCUGGAACUCUAGGAAGUGGGCAGGCUCCAGAAGCAAGUGGCCUUCCUUCUGGGUUUAGUGGUGAGUAUUCUGGGGUGGACCUUGGAAGUGGUCCAUCCUCUGGCCUGCCUGACUUUAGUGGACUUCCGUCUGGCUUCCCAACCAUCUCCCUAGUGGAUAGUACAUUGGUGGAAGUGGUCACAGCCACCACCACAGGUGAACUAGAAGGGAGGGGAACCAUUGGCAUCAGCAGUGCUGAAGAAACCUCUGGGCUGCCCUUCCAUGAGCUAGACAUUAGUGGGGGAGCUAGUGGACUCCCCUCAGGAGCUGAAAUCAGUGGCCAAGCAUCUGGGGCUCCUGACAUCAGUGGGGGAACAUCUGGAUUCUUUGAGGUUAGUGGACAGCCAUCAGGAUUCUCUGGGGAAACAUCUGGAGUAACCGAGCUUAGCGGACUAUCCUCUGGACAACCAGAUGUCAGUGGGGAAGCUUCUGGAGUUCUUUUUGGCAGUGGUCAACCAUUUGGCAUAACCACCAACCGGAGUGGAGAAACAUCCGGGGUCCCUGAUCUCAGUGGGCAACCAUCAGGACUACCUGGGUUCAGUGGGACAACAUCUGGAAUCCCCGACCUGGUUUCCAGGGCUGUGAGUGGCAGUGGUGAAUAUUCUGGCAUUACAUUCGUGGAUACCAGUUUGGUCGAAGUGACCCCGACUAUAUUUAAAGAAGAAGAAGGUUUAGGGUCUGUGGAACUCAGCAGCCUCCCUUCAGGGGAGGCAGAUCUCUCAGGCACAUCUGGGACAGUGGAUGUCAGUGGACAAUCUUCUGGAGCAAUUGACUCCAGUGGCUUUACACUUCAGCCUCCAGAAUUCAGCGGCCUGCCAAGUAGAGUAACUGAGGUCAGUGGAGAAGCCUCUGGAGCUGAAACUGGGAGCAGCCUGCCCUCGGGAGCAUACGAUGGCAGUGGACUUCCGUCUGGUUUCCCCACUGUCUCUCUUUUAGACAGGACUUUGGUGGAAUCUAUAACCGAGGCUCCAACAGCCCAAGAAGCAGGAGAAGGGUCUUCGGGCAUUUUGGAACUCAGUGGUGCCCAUUCUGGAGCGCCAGACGCGUCUGAAGACCAUUCGGGAUUUUUGGACCUAAGUGGGCAGCAGUCCGGGAUGGUAGAACCCAGUGGAGAGCCAUCAAGUACUCCAUAUUUUAGUGGGGACUUUCCUGGCACCGUUGAUGUGAGUGGGGAAUCGUCUGCAGCCACGAGCCCCAGUGGGGAGGCUUCAGGACUUCCAGAAGUCACGCUGAUCACUUCUGAGUUCGUGGAGGGUGUUACUGAACCAACUGUUUUCCAGGAACUUGGCCAAAGACCCCCUGUGACACAUACCCCCCAGGUUUUUGAGUCCAGUGGAGAAGCCUCUACGUCUGGGGAAAUUAGUGGAGCUACCCCAAGGUUCCCUGGGCCUGAAGUAGAAGCGUCGUCAGUCCCAGAAUCCAACAUCGAGACGUCUGCCUCUCCUAAGCCUGGGGUCGGGGUGUCUGCUGCCCCUGAGGCCAGUGGAAUUGCUUCUGGGUCUCCUGAUCUGAGUGGAGCCACCUCCGCCUUCCAUGAAGCUGAUGCAGAGGGAGCCUCGGGCCUGGGAGUGAGCGGUAGCACCUCAGCCUCUCAGGAGGGCCCCAGGCCGGGCUCGGCCACCCCAGAAGGGAGUGGUGAGUCAACCACCACCUAUGAUGUGGGCACAGAGGCACUGGGCUGGCCUUCGGCUACUCCCUUGGCUUCUGGAGACAGGACUGAAGUCAGCGGAGACCUGUCUGGUCACACCUCUGGGCUGGAAACUGUCAUCAGCACUAGUGUCCCAGAGUCAGAGUGGACCCAGCGCCCCGCAGAGGCGCACCUGGAAAUUGAGUCCUCAAGCCCCUCGCAUUCAGGAGAAGAGGACCAAACAGCCAAAACAGCCACCAACCCACCAGAUGCUUCCAUCCCAUCUUCUCCAGAAGAGACAGACAGAUCAGAGGCAACCACUGCAGACAUUGAUGAGUGCCUCUCAAGCCCUUGUCUGAAUGGAGCCACCUGCUUGGACGCCAUCGACUCUUUCACAUGCUUAUGCCUUCCCAGCUACCGAGGGGACCUGUGUGAGAUUGACCAGGAGCUGUGUGAGGAGGGCUGGACCAAGUUCCAGGGCCACUGUUACCGCCACUUUCCUGCCCGCGAGACCUGGGUGAACGCCGAGAGCCGGUGUCGGGAGCAGCAGUCACAUCUGAGCAGCAUCGUCACCCCCGAGGAGCAGGAGUUUGUCAACAGUAAUGCUCAAGACUACCAGUGGAUUGGCCUGAAUGACAGGACCAUCGAAGGGGACUUCCGCUGGUCAGAUGGACACACCUUGCAAUUUGAGAAAUGGCGCCCCAGACAGCCUGACAACUUCUUCACUGCUGGAGAGGACUGCGUGGUGAUGAUCUGGCAUGAAAAGGGAGAGUGGAAUGACGUCCCCUGCAAUUACCUCCUGCCCUUCACGUGUAAAAAGGGCACAGUGGCCUGCGGAGACCCCCCCGUGGUGGAGCACGCCAGGCCCUUUGGGCAGAAGAAGGACCGGUACGAGAUCAGUUCCCUGGUGCGGUACCAGUGCAAUGAGGGCUUUGUCCAGCGCCACGUGCCCACCAUCCGGUGCCUGCCCAGCGGGCACUGGGAGGAGCCUCGGAUCACCUGCACAGACCCCUCUGCCCACAAGCGCAGACUACAGAAGCGGAGCGGGCGGCCUCGGCGGCGGAGCCGGCCCGGCACGGCCCACUGAGAGGAAGCCCCGGACGCGGCCGGGAUGCAGAGCCCCGGAGGCUUGCCGGGCAGACAGCCCACGCAGAUGGUGCCCUCUUCUUGCCGCUUUCUGUCAUAUAAGGAAUUCCAUUAAAGAAGGGAGAAAAAAAGUCCCACGUUGUGUAUGCACCCACCCACCCCCGAAUCGCCGGAACUGCAUCCGAUCGCCACCCCCAAAUGCCAAAGCAAAGCAAACGUGUUGUAACCCACGGACUGCGUUUAGAGACGCUUCUUCAGUCUCCCGUUGUGCCUUUCCAGGGACCAGAGCAGGGACAGGGGGAGAAGGGGAGGGGUUAAGUUAAAUAAAGAAGAUUAUUUUUUGUUUCCUGACUUUAUCCAAGAGCAGUGCGAUCCUUGGUUCUUUGACUCCCAGGGAGAGCUAGGGAGGCGGGCGGAAGGGGCAGAGGACGGAGGGCACGACUGCAGACGGAACCGCAGCUGAAUGUACUGGAUGAGAAGGAGCCGAGAGGCUGCGCCAUCCGGGUGGGGGGAAGUUGGGGGCGGGGGCGGGUUCCCACCAAGGUGGUGCAGACAGGAGGGGGCCAUGGAGGGAGCUUCCCCUGCAUGGGGGUCGGGGGCCCUCCAGGGGACCUGCUUCCAGCCUCUCACCCAGCGCUGCCCCCCUAGCAGAUGUCCAUCCGGGCAGGGCUGGGUCGGGGGCACUUGCAUCCCCGUGGGAAUGCCACCUACCCUGCCCCCCACCUCCCCCACUCCCGGGACCGUGCAGGCACCAGGGUUCCGUGCACCUAUUUAUAUUUUUGAAAAAACUGAAGAUUAUGAUAAUUAUAAUAAUAAUAAAGACA